GGGCGGCCGCCGCCGCCGGGGCGCGCGGGGCUUGGCGCGGGCCGGGGCCGGCGGGGGAGCGCUGCCCGCCGGGCGCCCGGGAGGCGCGGCGCUUCCUCCCCGCAGAGAGCCGCAGCCGCCAUGGAGGAGCGGAGCCCCCCCGGCGGGGGCCGCCUGUCCCCCCCGCGGCGCUGAGCGGCCGCCGCCCCGGCGGGGCUGCCCGGAGCCGGGCCGCCGGCUAGCAGCGGGCCCUGCGCGCCCCCCGGCCGACGGGACUAUGCGCGGCUGCCCGCGCCGCGGCGCCGCCUCUGCCCUGCCCGGCUCGGAAGGCGCGCGGCGGAGCGCGCCAGGCCUGCCCCGCCGGGCCCCCGCGCCCCCGGCCGGAGCCCGCUGAGAGCCGCUCCGCCGCGAGGGUCGCUGCCCGCGCCCCAGAGAGCCAACUGCCCACGAGCCCUUGAGGAGGACUUGACAACAUGGCUUCCCCACCGCACCAGCAGCUGCUGCAUCACCACAGCACCGAGGUGAGCUGCGACUCCAGCGGAGACAGCAACAGCGUGACGGUGAAAAUCAACCCCAAGCCGCACCAGGGCUGCUCCUCGGCCAAGCACUGCAAGUACAGCAUCUCGUCCAGCUGCAGCUCGGGGGAGUCGGGUGGCACCCGCCGGGCGGCCGGGGGAGGCGGCGGCGGCGGCCUCCGCCGGCAGAAGAAGCUGCCGCAGCUCUUCGAGAGGGCCUCCUCCAAAUGGUGGAACCCCAAGUUCGACUCCAACAACCUGGAAGAGGCUUGUAUGGAGCGGUGCUUCCCGCAGACCCAGCGCCGGUUUCGCUACGCCCUCUUCUACAUCGGCGCGGCCUGUCUGCUCUGGGGUAUCUACUUUGGCAUACACAUGAAAGAGAAACUGAUUGUUUUCAUGGUGCCAGCUCUGUGCUUCCUCUUGGUAUGCGUGGUGUUUUUUAUGUUCACUUUCACCAAGACUUAUGCUCGCCAUUACGUGUGGACUUCGCUGACGCUCACCCUCCUGGUUUUUGCUUUGACUCUCGCUCCGCAGUUCCAGGUUCUGACACCUGUCUCAGGAAGUGGUGACAUGUCCAACCAGACCCCCCCAGCAGAUCCCACAGACACUUGCCUUUCUCAAGUAGGCAGUUUUUCUAUGUGUAUUGAAGUGCUCUUGUUGCUUUACACAGUGAUGCACUUACCCUUGUAUUUAAGCUUGUUUCUGGGACUCUCUUACUCGGUCCUCUUCGAGACCUUUGGGUAUCACUUCCGUGAUGAAAACUGUUUUACGCCUCUUGGAGCCAGCGCGGUUUACUGGGAAUUGUUGAGCAAAGCCUUCCUUCACAUCUGCAUCCAUGCGAUCGGUAUUCAUCUAUUUAUCAUGUCCGAAGUCAGAUCAAGAAGCACAUUCCUCAAAGUGGGGCAGUCAAUCAUGCAUGGAAAAGACCUGGAAGUGGAAAAAGCCCUGAAAGAGAGGAUGAUUCAUUCUGUUAUGCCAAGAAUAAUAGCUGAUGACUUAAUGAAGCAGGGAGAUGAUGAAAGUGAAAACUCUGUCAAACGUCACUCCACCUCAAGCCCCAAAAACAGGAAGAAGAAGCCCUCCAUACAGAAAACCCCCAUAAUAUUCCGUCCUUUUAAAAUGCAGCAGAUAGAACAAGUGAGCAUUUUGUUUGCGGAUAUUGUUGGCUUCACUAAAAUGAGUGCCAAUAAAUCUGCCCAUGCUCUGGUGGGACUUCUGAACGACCUGUUUGGCCGUUUUGACCGGCUGUGUGAGGACACUAAAUGUGAGAAGAUAAGCACUUUGGGAGACUGUUACUACUGCGUAGCUGGUUGCCCAGAGCCUCGGGCGGAUCACGCUUACUGCUGCAUUGAGAUGGGCUUAGGUAUGAUUAAAGCUAUUGAGCAAUUUUGCCAAGAGAAAAAAGAAAUGGUGAACAUGAGAGUUGGUGUUCAUACCGGGACAGUCCUGUGUGGCAUUUUGGGAAUGAGGAGAUUCAAGUUCGAUGUGUGGUCCAAUGAUGUCAAUUUGGCCAAUCUAAUGGAACAGCUGGGGGUGGCUGGAAAAGUCCAUAUUUCAGAAGCUACUGCAAAAUAUUUGGAUGACCGUUACGAAAUGGAGGAUGGAAAGGUGAUUGAACGAGUUGGUCAGAGUGUGGUAGCUGAUCAGUUAAAAGGUUUAAAGACUUUUCUAAUAUCUGGUCAGAAAGUGAAGGACCCUCACUGCAGCUGCUCGCAAGCUUUGCUUCCUGGCUUGGAGUCGGGAGAUGCAACUAAGAUCCAGGGAGCGUCGUCAGCCGAGAACCCUGGUGACUUGACAAAGACUCUCAAACACGCAGAAAAGCCUAAGCCAUGUCCUUCUUGUAGUACCACCCUUGCUCCCCACUGCGAUGUCAGCAUAGAAGAAGGAGCUAUCCAAAAUGGUUGUCAGGAUGAGCAUAAAAACAGUACCAAGGCUCCGGGAGGACGUAAUCCAAAGACUCAAAAUGGACUUCUGAGUCCUCCACAGGAAGAAAAACUGAGCAAUAGUCAGACCUCGCUUUAUGAAAUGUUGCAAGAGAAAGGAAGAUGGGUGGGAGUGAGUCUGGAUCAAUCAGCUCUCCUUCCUUUGAGGUUCAAAAACAUCAGAGAAAAGACAGAUGCUCACUUUGUGGAUGUGAUUAAAGAAGACAGCCUCAUGAAAGACUACUUCUUUAAACCGCCUAUUAACAAGCUGAGCCUGAACUUCUUAGAUCAGGAUUUGGAGAUGGCCUACAGGACGAGCUAUCAGGAAGAGGUUAUAAGGAAUGCUCCAGUGAAGACGUUUGCCAGUGCUACCUUCAGCUCACUCCUGGACGUGUUUCUUUCCACCACAGUCUUCCUAAUACUCUCCAUCACGUGUUUCUUGAAACAUGGGAUGGUCUCAUCCCCUCCACCUCCAGCAGCAGUCGUGGUGUUCGUCAUCGCCAUCCUGCUAGAAGUGUUCUCCCUCGUCAUCUCAAUUAGAAUGGCAUUCUUUCUGGAGGAGGUGAUGGCUUGCACGAAGCGUCUCCUGGAGGUGAUAUCUGGCUGGCUGCCUCGACAUUUUUUUGGUGCAAUCCUAGUUUCUCUCCCAGCUCUUGCAGUUUUUUCACACUUCACCUCUGAUUUUGAAACAAAUAUACAUUAUACCAUGUUUAUGUGUUGUGCGAUUCUGAUCACCAUUGUCCAGUACUGUAACUUCUGCCAGCUUAGCUCCUGGAUGAGAUCCCUGUUGGCAACUGUAGUAGGAUCAGUACUUCUCAUUCUGCUCUACGUCUCCUUGUGCCCAGACAGCUCUGUGGAAACUUUUCAUCCAGAUUUGGCACAGAACUUCAGCUCCAGAAGGAGUCCAUGCAACAGCUCGGUGCCAAGUGACACCAGGAGGCCUGCAGACCUCAUUGGUCAGGAAGUGAUAUUGGUUUUCUUCCUUCUCCUCCUCCUGGUUUGGUUUCUGAAUCGAGAAUUUGAAGUCAGUUACCGCCUCCACUAUCAUGGAGAUGUGGAGGCUGAUCUUCAUCGCACCAAAAUUCAGAGCAUGAGGGAUCAAGCUGACUGGUUGCUGAGGAAUAUUAUUCCCUAUCACGUGGCUGAGCAGUUGAAGGUUUCCCAGAGCUAUUCCAAAAACCACGAUAGCGGCGGGGUGAUCUUUGCUAGUAUCGUGAACUUCAGUGAGUUCUAUGAAGAGAACUACGAAGGAGGCAAAGAAUGCUACAGAGUCCUGAAUGAAUUGAUUGGGGAUUUCGAUGAGCUGCUAAGCAAACCACAUUACAGCAGCAUUGAGAAAAUCAAAACAAUUGGGGCAACCUACAUGGCUGCUUCAGGACUAAACACCUCACAGUGUCAAGACAACAACCAUCCACACGGACAUUUGCAGACCCUUUUUGAAUUUGCCAAAGAAAUGAUGCAAGUGGUGGAUGACUUCAACAACAACAUGCUGUGGUUUAAUUUUAAACUUAGGAUUGGCUUUAACCACGGCCCCCUCACUGCUGGGGUCAUCGGCACCACCAAGUUGUUAUACGACAUUUGGGGUGACACUGUGAACAUUGCUAGCAGAAUGGACACCACUGGCGUAGAGUGUCGUAUACAGGUGAGUGAGGAAAGCUACCGCAUCCUAAACAAGAUGGGGUAUGACUUUGAUUACAGGGGGACAGUCAAUGUGAAGGGGAAAGGUCAGAUGAAGACCUACCUUUACCCAAAAUGCAUGGACAAUGGGAUUGUGCCACAUCACCAGUUGUCUAUAUCUCCAGACAUUCGGGUUCAAGUGGAUGGCAGCAUUGGGCGAUCUCCGACGGACGAGAUUGCCAACCUGGUGCCUUCUGUACAGAAUUCUGAUAAGAUAGCCCAUGGCACAGAUAACUCAGAAACCAAGGACAUACUUCCUUCUUCCAAGAAGCUCCAGAAAGAUUCACUGAAAGCAGAAGAGAGGUGCAGGUUUGGCAAAGCCGUAGAGAAGACUGACUGUGAGGAAGCAGGAACUGAGGAGGUCAAUGAACUGACAAAGCUAAAUAUCUCUAAGAGUGUAUGAUGCACUGUCAGAGUUGCAUGAAGUGCUCUGUCAAUAGAAACACAAAGACAUUUGCGAUUGGCAGUUUUCUUUUUGAAGAGAGACCUUCUCAACACCUGGGUUGUACGUUUGUUUUCAUUUCAGUGCCUGAUGCUGUGUGGAUCACAGUUCUUCAGGGCUUGUUUUCAUCCAUCUCUUUCCUCCAUGCCCCAAAUCCCAUCCCAAGCUCCCCAGCUCCCUGUGCAACCAUCUUUCAGCUGAGUAGAGGAUAUUAAGUGCCUUCAGAUAUACUCCAUUGGACUCCCUGUCAAGGUACAGAGGCCCCAAGUGAAAUCAUAGCUUUGGGUAUUUAUCUAAUUUUAAAGAAAAGAAAAGCUGUGGUUAUAUCAUUUUUAUUGUUGUUUCUCACAAAACACUUUUUUUGGCUAAUGCAACUCCUUGGGUUUUUUAUAUCUAUCUGAACAAUAUUUUACUGUUAUCAGACCUUUUGUAUGUAAACACACAGACAAACGUGCAUGUAUCUACCAUACAAGACUGACAUAAAGUGCCAGUAACGUACCACAGACGAAUGUCUUGGCAAGGGGGUGACACAAUUUUCCUGUGUGUUGGGCUGGAGGAGGAGUUCUGCAGUGGCUUGCCGUUUAGUUAGAGUUGGCUGAACAACUGCUGUAGUUUUAUUCUCCUGUACCGAUGCUUUCCUCAACCUUAACAUGCCAUGGUGUGCUUUGGAUACACUUGUUUUCCAUAUAGCCAGUGAGUUACUGACACGUGGGAAUGGAAUCGGGGUUCGGACUUCACCGACUCUCAGGACAGGGUUCCCAAAGCAGACAAGUGACCGCACGAGUGUUACAAUGCCGGUCUUAAGCGUCUCAAGCCGUUUCAUUUUGCUCUGUCCCCUAGCUGAAUUUGCGAAGGUAGGUGAAGUUGGUAUCUCGAAAGCUGGUCUGAUUUGAGAGCGAGAAAAGCUAAAUAAAUGUUUUGGGGAUGCCUUUAUUUAUUUAUUUAUUUUAUGUCUAUUUUUAUUUGGAUUUUGCGGAAGGGAUUAGGAGAGGUGAGCUGUUAAUUGGUUUAAUAAGAGUAAUAAGAAGUCCAGUAGUGUUUCAGCCUCUUUGAACUACCAACCACUGUGAGGAUGUUACCUAGGCAAUAUUUGUUUCAAAGCUGGAGAAACUUCCGAAGCCACCAAACGCAAUUGAGGAUCCCAGCUUCCCUCUGUACUGAAUUAAUGGUGCUGCACAAUAUUUUUCAGGAUUUGCCCCCUACACUGUGCUUUUGCAGCAGGGAAUAGAACAGCGCGUUCCCUGCAUGCCGCUGAAAGCAGGAAUAGGGAGAGAGUCCUUUAUUGUGAGCUGAGAAGCACAAUAACUGCCCGGCCCUACAGACGACUUUGUGCAGAUCCCUGUGACCGAGGAUCUGCAGGAGCACAGGAAUCCGUUUGCACAGAGGUAGCUGCAGGAUUGGGGCCUUAGACUAUACCAGUCCUCCCUUCGCAUGCUUCCGUCACCUCUGUCACUUACGUCUGAUGCCCCACUUUGGAUAAUACUGAUUAUUCAGUUAUUCCAGUUUAGCCAACUCCUUGCAACGCCAAAUGGAAUGAAAGAAUUUUUGUGCCCAAAACAAGUUCAUUAGCCAGGGAAAAGCUGGUGAAAUGCAAUGCUGUAUUGUCUGCGUAUUGAUAUGUUUUCUAAUUAUUUCUUUCCGUCUGCACUGAAAGCAGAAUAUAUUGAUACUUCUUUUUAUUCCCGGUGUGAUUUUGUGGAGUUUGAGUAAUAAUAAAUAUAUACAUUGUGAAGUUCCUGUUCAGCUACGUGAGAUCCAUCUACACUCCAUGGUGAGCACGGAGCUCUUGAAGCCUUUGUCAAAUGUCAGUCUGUGAGAUUUUUGGAUCUCAGUUACAUUAAACAGGAUUCUGUACACUGUUUGCAGAAAAGCUGCUGUUUAUGCAUCUUUGAAGUAGGUUUGACAUGAAAACUAUUUAAAAUGAACUUGCUCAAUCUCCCAGCACACAAAAAGUACUGGGUACUCAACCUCGUACCCUUUUGUCACAGAUGCUGUAAGCCUGUUUUGGGGCUGCUCCUGACAAGCAACAAUAUAAUGUUUUCCUUAAUGCACAGUUCUACAACAACUUUCCUUGUCAGUAAAUUGAAAAUAUUCCCCCCCCCCCCCUUUUACUGGGUUGCACUUCCAACUUUCAGGUAGUAUAACUCUGCAAAUACCUCUUGCAUCCAAAGAAUGUAUUCUUGAAACCCUUUUUAGGAUUCUCGUUUCAGUUACAUCAGCGUAUGUCAGUAUUUCUUUUCUUACAGUAGAGGAGUUAACGUCGUCUAGAAUUGUUUACAUGCCUGCUAGUGUUAUAUUAGGUGUCUCAAAGUUGUCAAACCCUUUUUGGCUUUCACUUGUUUUUCCUGAUUUUAUAGAGACAACUGUAUCCCGUGGUAAAAUAGCAUUUCUCUCCCAUUGAUCAGCAGGGUAUCCUGGCAAAGUUCAAUCGAGACGUGCCCGCUUCUCUCUCGUGUUAAAUACCGCACAAUAACUGGACCGCCACCAGCAAGUCCUGCAUCCCCUGAGAGGUUUGCACGUUGUGACUAAACUUAAAAGGAACAGGAUAGUCUGGGUACUGGAGCAGGCCCAGGACUGAGAGUGCCUUUCCUGAAUUACCAAAUUAGCGCCCUGCGUGACGCAAAGGCCUCAUCCUUAGGCCUGCGAAAUGAAUACAGCUCCCGUGCUGAUCGUGGUGUGCUGGGGGAGCAUCGUUAGUUUUCUGGUAAUGUCAGAAUCGCAAAAAGUCCCAGGGCGUCUUUUUUAUUGGCACUAAUAAAAUGACUGAGGACAGAAACGUUAAUGGACGCUGAAGUCAAGGGCUGUUGUCUGCUCUUGGGAUGGAUUUGUGCUACGUAGAGAGCUGACUGCAGGCAACGUUACUCUGCCUUAAAAUUGGAAAACAGUCAUGAAAAGUUGAGUAACAGGUUGUACCUCUGUUUGCUUAUUGCCGCCGGAACAGCAGCAAACAUUUAACAACUUCAACUGUAGAGACUGCGUUCUUCUUUCAAAGGUUUUGAGAGGUUUUUUUAGUGCAGUGUAGAUACAAAAUCGAGAAGCUGAGCACUCAAUGGCAAGUUUAAAUAGUGAGAUUUUUCAAAGGCACAAGGAGCAAGUAGAUACCUAUUUUCUGGUGAAAAACAGUGGGAGCUGAACCCUCACAUCUUCCUUUUACGCCUUUCGAAAGAUGUACCAAUACUUGCAAAAAUUAUUCCGUAGGUGUGUUUAAUGGCGUCUCUGUGUGUCUCAGAGCGAAAGGCAGCCGUGUUACACAUUCACUCGCAGGAGGCCGUGAUCAAAGUUAAUUGAAUUAAUAUACCUUUUGAGCUUGUUCUGUUAGUGCCAGCCCAGUUAUUUAAGCACUGUGUAAAAGUUGAAGAGUCGGUCAGACAACUGGCAGUGUAUUCUGCAAGAAGAGUCAGGGCACUGUUGCGUUGCGCUUCUGGUUUUAGGAUGCGUUAAUACGGAUCAUUUCAAAAUUCUCGGGGUGGGGGGAAGAUCGCUGAACGUUUGCUAGCCCCGUUAUUGCCUUCUGCCACAAUUCGCUUGCAGGAGUUGUUCUAGAGCUUAGAUUAAUGAGGAAUAUCCUGAAUAUUUUCUGCAGUGUCUUCCUAACCUGUUGCUAGCACACAAAAAAGUUUUUUUUUUCUCACAGCUACUUCAGUGAAACUGAGUUGAUUUUUCAUUUACAGAAAAUUAAAAGGCAUUUCCAUUUAUUUAUUUUUAAUGUUUCUGAUUUUGAGAUAAGAGCAGACUUGCUUUUUGCUGCCUAGAAUUUACAAUUGUUCCCUUUUGCUUAACCUAAGAGUCACAAUGUCCUAAGUGCUUUGAGCAGAGCAGAGAAAGGUAAAGACACAAGCUGACUCUCUGCUUUCCCGCUGCUCUUCUCCAAUACAAAGUGCACCAGGUUUGGAGGUGACAGCAUGGGGGUGGAGAGGAUGGACUCUCCGACAGGUAAGAAGUAAAACAUCGCCCAGAGUUAAGUUAGCACUGAUUGGCAACAGGGAAAGGACUUUAUGGGGAAAAAAAUAGUUGGAGACUCUUACUUUAGGUCCAAAACAUAGAAAAUUGGGUUCUCAGAAGAAAAAUGAAAGGCAGUAUUAACAAAAAAUUGUUCAUGUUUGAGCUUUUAGGUGAAGAACAGCUGAUUCUUGAUUAAAGAACCCAGGUUUAAGGAUGCCAGCACUUUAAAAUUGCCAAACUCUAACUUAUUUCUAAAACUUUGAUUCUGAAUUUUAGAAUUUUUAAAAUUUAGGGUUUCUAGUGAAUGCCACAUCCGGAUCCUGCAUUAAAAAAAAAAUGUUGAAGGUGAGCAGUCACUACUGAUCUCUAUUUUCCCAUGUUGCAGAGCACUGAGAGACUACGAAUGCCUGAAGUUGGUUAUAAUCUGAUCAGCUUCCUGUGUGACUUGGGGAUUUUUGCCAAAUCUAAAGAUUGUAUCUGUUUUCUCACUGCUUUUGUGCUGCAGUCUUGUGUUUUCUGAGUGGACGGGAUGUGGGGAGAGGUUCUUGCCUCCCUAUUCCUCGCCUUUACUAGACUAGAGCUCCUGUUUUUCACAGCAGCGUUUGAAUCCUGUUAUUGCCAGGUCGUGGUUUCAUAUGUUUUCCUCACCAUUUCAACUGCUCUGACUGCUGCUUGCCUCUGUCUGUAUUUCCUAAUGUAAAGAGGAAUAGUGUAUUUGCCUUGGUAUUUCAGUUCUGGUACCUUUGCCCAGUCACAGCUGCAGCUUUCUCCUUGUGUUAUUGCUACGCUGCUUAACAGAAGCUAGAGGAGAGUAGCAGGCACGUCCAAAUAGUUAAACUGAAGAAGUCUGUGGAAAAAAAACAUUUUCAUCUCACCAAAAAAGAAAAGUUUAUUACCCUGAGUCUUAGCAAGAGUGCAAGAGCAGAGGAGAAUAAGAAAUACAGUCAAGUGAAGCUGGUAGGUAGAAUCACCAAAGCAGCGUUGAAAAGGGUCCUGGUCCACCAAAGCAUGCUCAGGCAGUGGAAAUUGCCCGUGGAAAGGAAGCAGGAUUACAGAAAGGGCGUGCUUCCUUCGUUCUCUAAGCUGGAGGCUUCUUGGUUUAAAGUUACGUUGUGGGGAUGGUUGUUAUUUGCAAAGGAAUGUGGCCAAAAAAAAAUAGUGAGUGAUUCUGCUUACUUUCAGCAGUAGAAAACUUCAGAAAUACAGGUUCGCCGUCCGUACCCGCGAGUCUUGAACAGGUGGGAUUCUUAGCGUAGAGAGCUCACUGGUGAUGUGUAUGUGGUUCCUUUUUUCGGUUAAAGAUUGUAUUUAGUUAAAUGUUAUGAAACAUCUAGAAAUGCAUCAACUAUUAAUUGAUACAACUUUCUCAGUUGCUGAAGAUGUCACAGGGAUGGUGUGACUGUAAAAAGACGGUUAUUUUCAACCGGCAGGAAGAACAGCCGAUGCUAAAGAUGCAAGAAUCCCGUGGUACUAUACAGCAGUGAGCUGUAGUACUUCAGCCUUGAUGCCCAGGCAGCCAGGGAGACCCAGUCUGGGGCUCAGAUUAAUUCUGAGACUCAGUUAAUUAUACGUGGAGCAUGAGAAUUGUUCAGAGAACGUGUUCAGGAAAGUCAUUUAUUCCAAGAAAUGCUUUUUUUUCUUCUUUACAAUCUCUGUGUAGGCCGUAACAGUCACUGUUUGCAUUUUCAGGGGGACAACUUUUAAGGGAAAAAAAACUGAAUUACUAUUCAUUGUUACUGAGAAUAUACAUAACAGCCAGUGGCUGUAGAAUUUUGUGAAGUCUGAUAAAUAAGUUGGAAACUAUAACCAUUGAACAUUAAUUCCUGCAGGCAAACUGUAGUCCUCUAGGUAUUUAGUUUGAGUGGUCCAGUGGUCUGAAGAUUUUCUGUCAGGCUGUGAAAUCGUUAAUCAUUUUCUGCUAAAAUGUACGGUAAAGGAAACUUGAGAGGCAGAAUACCCAGGCCUGCCUGUAAAAAUGCGGGGUGACCAGCGUGGGAUAUAGUGUAAUGACUUUUUUCUUUCUCCCUGUGCAAGCAUACACAGCCCAAGAAAUACGCUCUACAAUAACACAAAUGCUUCCAGGUCAGGAAUCAGGCAUGAGGAAACUGUACUGCACUAAUACAUUGGCAUAGUUGAAAUCAGUUCAGUUGAUUUUUAACUAUCAAUUUGAAAAUUUAGACAUUUCCAUGUGCAAAGCUACCAUUGUGUUGUCCCCUGAAACUUGAUACUUGUCUUGAAAGUAGUACGAGGUCUGUUAAUCUGGUGGCAAAGUAUGGGACGAGCAUGUAAUGCCAUGCAAGACACUGAAUUCAGUGAAAUCACUGAGUAAAAAGAGAAGGUGACGAUGAAACGAGAUGGCAGGUUGUUUUGAAGACUGGUCUUGAAUUUCCAGGUAUGAGGUCUUUGCAUGGCUGAAGUGCCGGGAAGUUUAUCGGGUAUGAAACGGAGCCUCUAUUUCCCAGUAGGCUUAAGAAUUCACUAUUUUCUGUGGUAGGAUGAGGGAGCCUUAAAAUGGACAAAUAUAUUUUAAGUCUGCUUUAAUCCUACCCUCUGAACUCUGCAUUCUGAGUGGUAAGAAGGAGUUAUUUUGUCAGUGAAGAUCAGACCCCAGGAGCUUAUUAUCUUUUUCUUCUUUGAGUUUGUUUAAAAUCAAAUGUCAGACUCUGUGGAGGCUCAAGCAGAAGCUGAAAUAGAUGUGAAACAUGUCUUGUUUUAACAGCCCGUGAGGCUGCAGGAAUGAGUUUGGAGGUGCAUUAUAUACAUGGAGAGAAACGAGUGUAAAACUGGCAGAAAAAGUGAUGGAAGUUUUCCAUAUAAAGCCAUAUUUUUAAGUCUUUACCAGAGGAGUUAAAUUUUGUCUUCAACUGAGUUAACUAGCUAUGGGACAUGAAUACAACCGUUUGCUGCUCCUGUUGGAGAGCUAACAGCAGGCUUUGAGAAAAGGGAUUAUUCUGGAAGAAAUCGAUUGCUAGAAGAAAUUUAAAGCUUUUUUCCUAGCUCCUUACCGUAGCUGCUAACCGUUAGUGUGUUUGCCUACUGGAGCGGCCUCAGCCCAGCAUGGUGGGGAGCAGAAGGCCGGCGCCGUGCGUCGUCGCACGGGCCAGCCCAGCUGCGGUACGCUGAACGUCCUCCUCAGCAGCUGAUUCACCUGCCCGUCUCCGAGCUGCGAAGCAGGGCAAAGGAAGCAGUCAUUUGCGUUUUACUAUUAUAGGAAGAGACCUUAAGGCUGCUGCGUCUGGUUUUUGCAUUUUAGCCUUCAGUUGCUUUUGUAUGUGUUUUAUUCUGUUCUUGCACUAUUUCUUGACUCGCUGUAGCAACACGUAUUUUGAUCUUGCAAUGUUCAGUGAAUCUUAAGAACUGCAAAGAGGGUGACAGCAUGGGAACAGUUAUUAAAAUUAUAAUCUUCAGCUCUUUAAUCAGUGCUGCUCUAAUUGGUUUGUCAUUUAUAGCUAACAUUAGCAAUUACAUGCAGUGGAAGUCAAAGCUGAGCAUCCAGCAAGCGAUCGGUGCCAGAGCUGUGGUUUGUGCGUGUCUGUAAUUUGAGCAUUUCAAGAAUCAUAAUUCAGGUGAUGUCAAAGCAAACUCUCUAAUGUACUUUUGUUUUCUCCCUUAGUUAUUAAUAUGUUCACUUAUUUCUAAAUUAAUAUAUUGGCUACAUAUUAGUUUGCAAUUCAGAGAGUUUUUAUCAAUUCUUUGAGAAAGAGAGAAGCUCAGGGGAGAAAAAAAAGGCUGUGUGUGGUGCAGGAAGAGCAAGCGUGUGCGUGCUUGUGUGCAUGCGCGCCUGUUCCUGGGUAUGCCCCUACGGGAGGUGGUUGCCCCGCUGAAACUUUCAAACACCCUUGAAACUUUGCCUUUGAUUUCACUUGUAAUUUAUUUAUAAUGUUAGCUCUAUAGCUCCAUCUUGCAGUUGCCUGCUAGCAAUUUGUCCAGAGGAGGAGUUUUUGCAAUAUUGCAGUGAUCUGUUCCAUAUCGUUGUCCGAAACGGGGUUCAGCCACCACGCAGGUACUGAGACACUCAUACCACCACCGCCGUACUUUUUUUGUCUGUCUUGUGUGUACAGUUGCUAGAGUAACCUUCCCCCUAGUUUAACCUCCUAAAUUGUUACUCCUAGUUUCCUGAGGCCAUGCUGAUAAACCUAUGCUGAGACAGGGGCUUGCACCCUAUUGCGAGUACAGCUUUAAACUUCCAGAGUAAUAAACUCUUCAAAGCCAAGAGCCUUAACUAGUGCUGACAUCUGUCUAGGGACAAAACGCAGCUGCAAGUACGUGCUGAAUGUCUGGGAAUCUGUAUGCUAAAUCGCGGAUGCCUCCCAUUUAGGAGGAGGUAGUCACAGUAUCCAAAGAUGAUACGGACCUUGGCCACGCUCACUGAAUUAACAAGGAACGUGUAGAAACGUGCCCCCCCCUUGGGCUCUCAGGAAAGUCAUCUAACUCCUACAGGGCUGGUAUGGUUUUCUUUUGUAUUGGAUUUAUCUUACAAGCUCCUUCUUCCCUUGAGUCAGUAUUUUUAACUUAGCAUAAAGUUGUAUAUAGGUCGGUGAGGACUGGAUGCUUCCUUCUCCACCCCGUCUCUUUUCAGUCCUGCUGCAUUAAGAGAAGGAGAAGGCAACGCUAUAAAUGACAAAGCGUCGUUACAUGGGAACUGCGGGGAGGCGGAGGGCGUUUAGCCCCCCUCGGGGUGCAGGCGGGCGGCUCGCGGCAGGGCGAGGAGGCCGGGCAGCCGCCGGGGCCGCGGUCCUGCGUGCAGGGAGGCCUCGCGGCGCCCGGGCUUUACUCGCCGUCGCGGUGCAGAUGCGGUGCCCCUCUCAGCCGACGAGACUGCGGGUGUUUACGGAGAGAAUGAACGGCUGCGAUACACGCGCGGGGCAGCGUCCCUGUGUCCCGACGGGCUGAGACAAUUCCCAGUCGCUCACGAAGCGCGACUUCGUUGCACGGCUUCGUAAGUACGUCUUCCCUCUUCGCCUCUUGGUUCCGUUUUACCUUUUCCUACAAGGAAAUUUCAGCUGGAUAUUAAAAACAUGCACUAGAAAUUCAGACACUGCUGUUGAACCGCGCCGAAGCCGUGUGGUGGGGUUGGGCUUAGUUUGGGGUUUUUCAUACCUUCGUUUAUGCAGUAUUACACAUAUAUAUGACACUAUAUAAGCAAUUGCUGUGUGCAAAGAGCUGUGGUGCCUGGUUGGAGUGUUACCUGAUUGCAAGCAGCCUGUGAGCAGUUCUUUUUGGACGUGAGAAUCUCGAAUCAGAGUUUGCUUUUGUUUAACAAAUAGUUGCAAGUUUGGCAAGGACGCGACUUGUGCUCUACUUGGCAGCGUCGCAGCCCUGGAAGCUGGUGGAGACUCCAGGCCGUUACCUGCUUCCCUUGCGAGCUGCCUCGCCAGUGUUACCCGAGACUCUCCAGCACCGCCUGUCCGUGCAGGAGCACGCGUGGAAAUUGUGCAGAAAGUGUUAAACAUUAAUUGAGAACAGUUAAAGAAGAAGGAGGGGGAAAAAAGGAGAAUGAACAUGUUUUAAAGUAGCCAGGUUAGCUGGAAAUUGUUUCUUCGUGCUGUCUUUGGUUUCUUUUCCUUUCCAGCCCCAGCAAACCCCACAGUCACAGUACGCUCUCCCCUCCCUUUCUGCAAAAGGACAGAAACGGCCUGUUUACAAACACUUACACGGGGAAGUUGGGAACUUCUGCCAGGUUACUUUUGCUAGGGGGGACGGGGCUUCCUUUCGGCAACUUAACUGUAAAUAUUCUGCGUAUGCUUUGUUGACAAAACAGAAAUGGAAGAAAGUUGUAUCUGUGAAAUAUUAAGCUAUAUAUGUAUAUAGAUAAAAUGCAUAUUAUCUUUGACUCGUUACUACGGAUCUGUAAUCAAUUGUAUAUUAAACUGUUUUACUGUA